CAAACAGUCCUGGUUUGAGCUUGAUCAGCUAGGAGGUUUCCCGGUUUAGAUUUGCACUCAGUAGUGAAUAAUUGUGUUUAUUAUUCUAACAGCCACAAUGAAGUUCUUCAUUUUGGGAUCCGUCCUGCUGCUCGCAUCGGCUUGCUCCGGUUCGCCAUUGGGACACGACGUGUCCUCCCAGUUUCACGCCCACGAUGGCGCCGGUGGCUAUUCCUACGGUUAUUCCGAUCCAAACUCACAGAAGAUGGAAGCGAAGGACGCUCACGGAGUGACACAUGGCGAGUACUCCUACAUCGAUGCCAAUGGCCACCUGCAGACGGUGAAAUACAUCGCCGAUCCGAAAAACGGUUUCCAAGUGGUGGGUACCAACCUUCCCCAGGGCCCUGCUCCGGCCGCAUCUCAUUCACUGCACAAGCGCUCGGUCUAUGCCCCAGCACCUGUGAGCUACGUUCCCAUUGGUCACUAUUCCCCGGUGGCUUACUGGGACGGUCCCGUGCAUGUUCCAGUGAUCGAGAAGGGUGUCCCGAUUGAAACGCCGGAGGUCAAACACGCUAAGGCCGCUCACGCUGCCGCUUACGCAAAGGUCGCCCAACAUGAGGUCUACGUGCCAAUUCAUCACGAGGAGCAUGCCGCCAAGAGCCUGCCCGGUGCCUGGCAUGGUCCGCAGCACGUGCCGGUGAUCAAGAACGGAGUUCCGGUCGAGACGCCAGAGGUUCAACACGCGAAAGCCGUUUUUCUGGAUGCGUUGGCCACGGCUGCCGUUCAGUCCCGGUCCAAUGGAGGACACGAGGACGAUGGUUCGUACAAGCCCCAUUUGUAUCAGCAUGAGACAAGUUGGGAUGAUGUGGUAGAAGCGAUGAAGUAUUCGGAAAUCGUUUUAAUGGCUUCAGAGAUGACCCCAUUCCAGCCCACCCGGAAGGCACAGUUCGCAAACAGUCCUGGUUUGAGCGCAAUCAGCCGGGAGGUUUUCGUUUCAAUUUUGCACUCAAUGGAAGGUCACAUCUGUAGGAAUCUAGUUUUUGCAAUGAAAGCUUUGAUCAUUGGAACCGUGCUGCUGCUGGCUUCGGCCUGCGCGGACUCCGGCCAACGGCUGGCAUCCCAGUAUCACGCCCACGACGGCGUCGGUGGUUAUUCGUACGGCUACACCGAUCCGAACUCGCAAAAGCACGAAUCGAAGGAUGCCCACGGAGUGACCCGCGGGGAAUAUUCCUACAUUGACGCCAACGGGCUGGUGCAGAAGGUGAAAUACAUCGCCGACCCCAAGCACGGCUUCCGAGUGGUCGGAACCAAUCUGCAGAAAGGAACGCUUCCGGCGGCGGCAGUGCACGAGGUAGCCCAAUCGGAUACGCACGCGGCUGCUCCGCGGCCACACAUCCACUCGCGUCCCGUAGUUCCCAAGCGUAAGGAUAGCUCCCAUCAUUCGCAUCCGGUGGUGGUUGUUCUGAGGGAAGACGGUGUCCCUCUGGAAACACCCGAAGUGCGUCAUGCCAAAGCCGCUCAUCUCGCUGCGCAUGCAAAAGCUAAAGCAAAUGUGGCACCCAGACGCCCACUUUACAUUCCAACGCCGAGCUACGCUCCCACUAUUCCAGAGGCUGUGCCAGUUGGUCCUGCAUCUCGGAACGGCUGGCGGGGUCCUUUGCAUUUCCCAGUGAUCGAUCGGGGUGUCCCACUGGAAACGCCAGAGGUUCUGCAAGCCAAAGCCAUUCACGCGGCUGCCUACGCUAAGAUUGGAAGGCUCAUCCCAUCCGUUCCACCGAAGCCAAAAAGUGCUGUGAGUCGGCCGCCACCGGUGGACGAUGGCUGCUAUAAGCCGUAUCUAUAUCGACACUAAUCCUCGUUUGAAUGCGGGGUUCCAAAGAAGGUCUGUUGAGUGCAAAAGGUGUGAUACUGUCCGAUCUUGUCCAGGGAAGAAUUGUUCCAAUGUGUGUGUGUGGAAUUAGCUCCUCAUUAGUUUGUAAGCUGUAGUGUCCCUCCAAAGGUAUUGU